CGGGCACGCGCGCUGGGAUCGCCCAUACCGCCUGCACUUCUCUCCCUGAGGUCCGCGGCCACCCCUCCUGCGGCGGGGCAAUAUGGUCCUGCCCGCAGCCACGGAACUCAAGGAGUUGGCCUUUGAGUUGAAGGCGGGAAAAUGGCGGAUUCCUCGGGGCGCGCUUCUGGGAAGCCUCCUGUGGGGGGUCCCAGCACUCCUGCUGGUGCUAAACCAAAAGGCAGACGAACACAAGGUGGAAAAGUGGUGGAGUCCCGAUAUCUGCAGUAUGAGAAGAAAACCACCAAAAAGGCUCCGGCAGCAGGUGCUUUAAAGCCCAGCGGGAAGAAACCUGAAGGCGGAAGGAAACCCAACCCACCCCUGAAGAGCAAAGAGAGCAGUGGCAUCCUUGGCAAAGGUGACCUGCAGUCCACGCUGCUGGAAGGGCACGGCGCCGCCCCGCCGGACCUGGAUCUCUCCGCCAUUAGCGACAAAAGUGUGAUCAGAAAGACUCUACAAUUAGAAAAAACAAUGUCGAAGAAAACCGAGUCAACAUCACUUUCUACCUCGCAGAAAAAGAACCCAGAUCUCUCCGAGUCGAUGGAAAGGAUGGAAUCCCAGACGUUACUCCUGACUCUACUGAGUGUAAAGAUGGAGAACAGUGUUGCUGCGUUUGAAGAAAAGGCAGAAAGGGAUUUGUUAACGAUGUGCCAGGAGAAGGAGAAGCUCCAGAAAAAGGCCCAUGAGCUGAAGCGCAAACUUCUCCUCUGUCAGAGGAAGCGGGAGCUGGCAGGUGUCCUCGAUGCUCAGAUGGAGAUGCUCAGCCCCUAUGAGGCUGUGGCUGAGCGCUUUAAGGAGCAAUACAAGACAUUCGCGACGGCCCUGGACACCACAAGGCACAAACUGCCCGUGAGAUCGGUUCACCUGGGUGGAGACGAGAAACAGUUCUUAGAUGAUUUGCAGCGGGAAUUGAUAACCACACGCCAUCUGCUGGAAGAACUCGGGGUCUGCAGUUCAGAAGAAAAUGGGAAGGUGUUAGACCUGCUGGGUGAACUCAAGGAAAUGACCCAAAAGAAGGAUCUGGAGCUCCGAAGGAGCUUUGCGAAGGUGCUGGAACUCUCCGCCGGAGCGAGCAAAGAGGCAGCCUUAGUCAACCAGGAGGUCUGGGAAGAGGCUCAGGGCCUCUCGGCCUCCCGCCGGUGGUAUUUCAGUGAGGCGGGCCCCCGGGCGGAAACUCAGGGAGAGGCCAGCAGCCUGCCCCUCUCGGGCUGACAAGCCAUACGCCGUGUGCACCACAAAUCCACACGCAGGCCCUGUCCCCAACCCAAGUGGGGCCCUUCCUGUAAACUGUCAGAAGAAAGCGCGUUCUUCGCCACUUGUCCAGGGCUCAUCUGUGCCAGAGUGGCACGGAUGCGACAUUCUGGAGACUUAAGCACUUUAGUUACUUAAGCAGUAUAGCUAUUUUUAGCUGAGAAUCUCAUCUGAUAUUCAAAAAAUAAAACUGUUUGGCAUAGA